CCAUCCUACACUACCCCAAAUAUUUCUAUAUCUACAUCCACUAUACACUCCCUACUAAUCCACCUUCACAGUACUAAACAUGGAAACCUCUCCUCCUCAGAAAAGAUCACCACUUCAUCUUCACACUCCAUUGCACCUACUUAGCUCUCUCUACCGAUUCGCGCUCCAUCGCGUGCACCCAUUUUGGAUCCAACUCUUCUACUUCAUCUUCGUCUCCUGCAUCGGCUUCAUCCUUCUAAGAUCACUCCCUAUGAGGAGAAGAGCAUUGGCGGUCGAUAGGCCCGCGGACUUGGACCUCUUCUUCAUGUCGCUCUCCGCAACCUCGCUCUCCAGCAUGGAUGUGGUUGAGAUGGAGAGCUUCUCCACCUCCCAACUCUUAGUAUUCACCCUUUUGAUGCUACUUGGUGGAGAGGUCUUUGUUUCCAUGCUUGGUCUCCACUUCAUGAAGAUAAAAUUACCCAAAAAGGAAACAUCACAUAAUAGUGCAACUAUGGAACUCACCUCCAACGACCAAGUUGAGCUUGAAUCAAUAAAGCCCACUGUUACUACUCCCUCAAUAACUUCGGAUCACUUAAGAUACAAUUCUAUAAGAUACCUAGGGUUUAUAGUAUUGGGUUAUCUCAUGCUAGUCCAUUUCACAGGCUACAUACUCAUAUUAUGGUACAUAACCCUAAACCCUAGUGCAGGAGAAGUGCUUUCGCGCAAAGCGAUAAGCCGACACACCUUUGCUGUCUUCACCACCGUCUCGUCCUUCGGGAACUGCGGCUUCCUCCCAACGAACGAGAACAUGAUCGUGUUCAAGAAAAAUCCGGGGCUUCUGCUGCUGGUCAUGCCACAAAUCCUCGCGGGGAACACGUUGUACCCCGCGUUCUUGCGAUCGGCUGUGUGGGUACUGGAAAAGUGCACUAAGAAAGAAGAGUUUGGAUACAUAUUGAGGAAACAUGGAGAGAUUGGAUAUGAUCACUUGUUUCCGAAGCUUCAUACCUCGCUUUUGGGUCUCACUGUGGUGGGGCUUAUCGUGGUGCAGUUACUUGCUUUUUGCUUCUCGGAGUGGAGAGUUGAGGGGUUGGAGGGGAUGAGUUCAUAUGAGAAGCUUGUCGGCGCACUUUUCAUGUCGGUGAACUCGCGCCACUCGGGGGAGAUGAUUUUGGAUCUCUCCACACUCUCCUCGGCUAUGUUGGUGCUAUAUGUGGUGAUGAUGUAUCUACCACCGUACACUUAUUUCCUUCCGCUCGACGGCGAUGAUCAUAAUAAGCAUUCGAGAGAUCGAAACAACGAGAAGAGGACAAGCAUUUUGCAAAGGCUAAUGUUUUCACAGGUCACGUACUUAGCCAUUUUUGUCAUUAUCAUUUGCAUCACCGAGAAAAGAGGGCUCUCCAAAGAUCCCCUUAACUACAAUGUGUUAAACAUUGUUGUGGAGGUAGUAAGUGCAUAUGGGAAUGUGGGCUUCUCGACCGGCUACAGCUGCAAGCGGCAGCUGAAGCCCGACGGGUUUUGUAGAGACGAAUGGAUCGGCUUCUCGGGGAAGUGGAGCAGCAAAGGUAAGCUAACUCUCAUGGCGGUCAUGCUAUUCGGAAGGCUCAAGAUGUUCAGCAUGUCUGGGGGCUCGGGUUGGAAGCUAAACUGAUCUCGACCGAUCUGAACUAAAUUUAAACCCGAGUUAUUCGAUUCAGUGGAGCCUUUUUCUUUUUGUUAAUAGAUUUAGGAUAGAGUCAGAUGAGAAAUGAAUGCUCGUGCAACGGAAGCACCAUCGGGGGCGUGAAGGAUAUGCUUGCUUUGAUUAGAAAGUGCAUGGAGUGUUUUCCAGUUGUUUAUCUGCGUAGUUGUUCUACUUUUUAAGGAAUAUGCAUAAGAAACUAUUAAAUAUAAAAAUAUAUAAAUAUCAUUCUCUAACAGCUUAA